UUCCAUAGGGAGGGGUUUUGAGGACCAUCUGAUGUUAGGGAAUGCCUAUGACGUUUCUCUGUGGAAUUUGUAAUGAAAGUUUGACCAUGGAUAUCAAGUAUAAAAAGAGAAAGAUUUUAUGGAGAAGGCAUCUUGCACAGUCUAGCAUCAGACAAGCAAACAACAAUCUCUCUUAUCGAAAUGGCCAAAUUCGCAACUCUCGCUUUUGCCCUUGCCUUCGUGGCUGUUGCCUCAGCUGCUAGCUUUGGUGGAGUUAAGGACUUAGUUGGCAACUAUUAUGAUUUCACAACUGGACAAUACUCCAGCGCUCUCACUGGCAAAGUUUACAACACUGCUCCCGUAGCUUACGUACCACCAGUAGCAGCAGCUCCAGUUGCUUACGCUCCUCCAGUUGUUGCUCCUUACGCUGCUCCUUAUGCUCCCUACGUCGCCGCCGCAGCUGCUCCUUACAUCUACUCCGCACCAUUCCCCUACUCCGCUGCCUACAUUCCAGCAUGGAAGAAAUAGGUUGAUUUCGGUGCUUAAGAACUUUCUAUGUUUCCUGAACGAAUGAUCGUUUUAAGUUACUAUUUAAAACCUCCGAGCCAAAUAUCUAUUUUUUUACAAAGCAAAUGAAGAAAGCUUUUUUGUUAGCCAAACUAUUUUUGUUUGUCAUAUGCUGAGCAUAAACACCUUUUGUUAUUUAUAAGAAAAUAAACAAAAUAUUUUGGUUA